AUGUGGCACAGCCUUCUUUUUCGAGAUCAUCACGUAGACGCGCCAAUAGAUCCUUGCGUCAAGCAAGCGAAGGAUCCAAGACAUUGGCAGACUAUGCUUGCAAGCCGUGAUGAUUCUCAAGCAGCUGGAAUGCCAUCUCAAAAGCUAAAAAGAAUGGAAUCUUCCAUCAUGGGCGUCCAAAAUUUUUUGAAAUACUUAGUCUUAACGAUGACAUUGAACAUACUAUCGCCAUCUCCUUCACUCGCAGCGAACAAUCAAGAUCGAAUAACCUGCCAAGCUCCCGAUCCUCGCAACGACGAUAUCGAUUCUCAAGAUUGCCACGCGGCAGCCCAACUUUUUUCCAGUAUCAUUGACAAUGAGGAUGACAUAACACUCCAUCAAUACGCAGUUGUCACCCACUCAGCCGAUGAUCUGUUUGCCCCAACGGUAUUCUGGCACGGCACCUGUGCAUUUACAGCGUUCAUCAAAGUUGGGGAAGUGGAAGUGCAAAAGUCAACGCUGGUAGACUCGGCCAGCAAUCUCAUCGACGAAUGCGUCGACUCUGGAACCUCUGGGGGCGGGAAUGUGACAAUCGGUGCCUACGGUUAUGAGGUGAAGGUCUGGAUAUCGGGUAGGUACACGACGGUGGAUAGGGCUGACAAGGAGGCUUGGGUCAUCUUUCCCAAUGGAUAUCCUUGA